AUGCCGGCUGCCGAGGUUGCAAACUUGGUGAACGAGAUCUCCGGCCUCAAGCUGGAGGGGUCUUGGCACUUCGGCAAGGGGCCAUGCUCCCGCGCCGACCCGCCGCCUGCGGAAGCCGCCCUCCUGGAGAAGGCGGAGGCGGACAAGGCGGAAGCCGCCUCCUUGAAGAAGCUGGCGGAGGCCGAGGCCACUACCGCGGCGAAGGAGCAGGCCGAAGAGGCCACGCGCCGCCAAUCGGCGUUGCUCAUCAUCCCCCCAAACUCCGCGCCGCCACCACCAGAGUUUGUGGCGCCGACUGGGGGAGCCGGCGAUGAGCACCCGAUCAUGGAGAGGGACGGAGGCGAUGUUGUCAUGCCGGACGCGGCCGUGCCUCCGCCACCACCAUCUGGAGAUGCGCGAGACAAGCAGCCGACAGACGCACCGGUGCCGCCAGCCGGAGACGAGAUGGUGACCGGCCCGACUCUCGAGGUCCGCACACCAUCGCGCCGCCGGUUUGCAAAGGCGGCUUUGGUGCCAUGCCCGCUAGAGGCCGGUGCCACGAGCUCUUCGAUCCCGUAUGCCGAGGCGUCCAGCGCCGCGCCCGUUGAGUGGGUGCGGGGAGGCGGGACGGGCCCUUUGAACCAAGCGAUCCUGGACGUCCAAGGCCAACACCGAGCCGAGGCCGACGCCCUGAAGUGGUGCAACCAAGCAUUCCUAGAGUCGCGAGCAGCCGUCCGGAGGCCAAUGCCGCCCUGCAGCAGCAGCUAG